UAUGGAUCAAUUUGGUGUGAUUGAAGGGGAUAGACUAACUGAGAGUUAUAGUACACGCUCACGAUACCGCCCCAUUAGUUCCAAAAGGCAGAACUGGAUACUACUUAUGCGCAUAGAGCCGGGUAUAAUCCCUCUAUAUUUCAUUUUAAAAGUUUUAAGUCGUCAGGGCUGACCCCGAUCAUUUUUAUUUAAAAAAUUUUCUGACAAUUAACAUUAAAAAAUUUAUUGAAAAUUCAUUCUUCCCCUUGUAUAUCCCCAAAAAACUAAUUUUAUUUGCCACCUACCUACACCUCAUUAUAAAAAUCUAUAAUUCUAUAAUAAAGCUUUCAUCCCCUUAAAUAAAGUAUUUUAAGAGAGAAGCUAAAAAAGAAAAAUACAAGUGUGAAGAAAAAAAAUUUUUUCGCGCGUGCAUGUCCUCCCACCCUUGCCACUUAAAUUUUUCUUAUAAACAAUACACUCAAUUCUACC